UAUAGUUUGGAAAAUAUGGAAGAUAAUAGAGCAAUCAAUAUCUCUAAAGAGUCUAGUGAAGAUAAAUCGAACCAAAGAUCUCAUAAAAUAGAAGUCGGGAUGUUCGAUGAUAAUAAUACUGAAAAUAAUGACAAUGCUGAUCACAUGAUGUGCAAGGAGAUUUACAACAAACUUUUAGCUGAGAAGAAUACUAGAAAUCCUUCUGUGAAGAAGAACUGGGGAAAUGAAGAAAUUAAACUAUUAGAAUAUGCAGUGAAUACUUAUCUAAAGAAAAAGAAGCAUUCUGCUGAUAAGCUAACCACUCAUGACUGGAAAGAGAUAGCUAAUUUCAUUCCCGGUAGAACAGAGAGCCAGUGUCUUUACAAAUGGAAUCUUACCCAACACAAGGUGAGCUUUAGGAAAAGUACAUGGCAUGCUACCGAAGAUAAAAUAUUAAGAGAAUUAGUGAAGAGGCAUGGGAAGAAGCACUGGCAAAAAAUAGCAAAUGAACUGAAUGAAAGAAUGGGACUUCAGAGUAAAAGAGCAGGCAAGCAAUGCAGAGAAAGAUGGCUUAAUCAUCUUGAUGAAAGAAUCAUCAAAGGCCCAUGGAUGAUUAGUGAAGAUCUUAUCCUACUCACAAAACAAAAAAUUAUUGGAAACAAGUGGUCUGAUAUAGUCAAAUAUUUGCCAGGAAGAACCGAAAAUAUGGUAAAGAAUAGAUUCAAUACUAUUGCAAAGCAGAAGAGAGAAGAGAAAAGAAAUAAUAGUCUAAAGAAAUUAGAUGAUAUUAUUGGUGGCCUCGAAGAGAAGAAGGAGGCAGAUGAUAAAGACUCAUGGAUUGAUGAGAAGAUCAAAGAACUACAACAAGAAAUUGAAAAGAACGGUGAUGCUCCAAGAAAUCCUUCAAAUGCUGGAAAAUCCAAUGAAAACACAAGUGAAAAGAAGCCUAACAUAAAUAAAAGGAAAGCUAAGAAUAUUAAAAAUGAGCUACAAAAAGAGUCUUCGAUUACUAGCAAGCCAGACUUUCAAUAUUCAAGUACUAGGUUUGAUAAAUAUGAUAAGAAAGAAGAACAAAGAGGAUUUUUGGAAUCCACACCUCUUCAAAACUACAUAAAUAGGAGACCAGAGAUAGAUUUUCAGGCUGCUGGAUUUCAAUCGCCUUACGAUGGAUUUCCUCAAAGGAGGCUACCACCAAGUUCAACUAUUGAAAAUAUUUUUGCUACUCCAAAGAAUGCUUCCCCUAAUUUACGCAGGUUAAAUGAAGUCUCUUUAAACAUAAACAAAGAAGAAAGAUAUGCUAAUAUAUCACCCAUUACUCCUCAAAGAGCAAUGAGCCAAAAACCUCCUAUCACAAGAGAUACCCCAAUAACUCAGAAAUUUCAAAAGAGUAUUAUCGAUAUGCUUAGACUUUCUUCUGACAAUAAAAGUGAGCUUCAAUCACUAAAAAUGCUCAAAAAUAUUCUCCAAGAUUUCAUGAAUUGCAAUGAAGUCCAGAAAGACAAAUAUUUGUUUGCUAUUGAUGGACUCAUCAGCCAGAAAAGCCUAACUCAAAUGGAAAAGAAGAGUACAAAAAGUGAGGUUGCCUCAAAACCUAAAGUUCCUAAUUUGAAUAAUUCAUUUAAAUCGAUGGAAGACCUAACAGAGAAAUCUUUUAAGUCUGCAGCAUCAAAGAAGUCUACAAAGAGCAUCAAAAAUUCUCUUUUUACUCUUGUAAAAGAAGAAAAUAGUAAGAAAGAUGAAAAGCCUAAAGAGAAGAAGGAAUCGAAAGCUGAACCUAAGUUUGAAUCUCUGAAUUUUCAAAAGCCUAAAGUUAGCACUUCCUUUGAGACAAAACAACAGACGAGCAAUAGUGGCUUUCAAAAACCUGCUCAAACUCCUACAGGAGGAAUGGGUUAUAUGAUGACUCCUGGGUGCGAAAACAACUUUAGAAGCAAUUUCGACUCAAUUCCUCAGACCAUGUAUCCAACUGGAAUAUUUGAGCAAGGGACUCCUUCCAGAACGAUGAAUGAUUUCUCAACUGGUCAGUUCCAGCAAAUGAACUUAAGGUCACCAUAUCGCCAAUCUCCUUCCCCAGCCUUUAGAAAUUAUUAUGGAAACAUAGGAAUGGAAACUCCACAAGGAGCAAUGAGCGGGAGAGGCGCAUGGAAGAAAGACAACUUUAAUCUUAGUGAAAUAAACUCACCUCUACUACACUAUGCUGGCAAGACAGAUCAAAAUAUGCCUUAUCAAAGUAUGGAUAACCAAAUGUUCAAAAAGAAUUAAGGCCUUAUUUUCAGAGUCACCAACUAAGUCUUGAAAUUGUUCGACAUCAAUAUCCUUUUAAGCUCAAUAAU